GUCGCAAGCUGCAUCCUGGCCGCGUGAGCCCCGCGCUCUGCUGUCCAGUGCACAGCUCGUGAGCCGCCGCUGCCGCUGCCGCUCCGCAUAGGCGCGUUGCCGCACAUGGACAAGUCCAGUGGCCGCGACUCAGAGCGCACUGCAUCUUCGACUCCCACCCCGCCGCAUGCCGCAGCGAUGAGCGGCGCCCCGGCGCGCUCCGGCGCCGAGCCGCGCACGCCGCCCGUGCCGUCGGGCAGCUCCAAGCUGGGCUCCAUCUCGGCGGACUCGCCCGUGGCGCGCCCGCCGCACCAGCGCAGCGAGGGGUCACCUCGCCCGACGCUGGGCCCGCGCGCCCAGACCGCAUUCGUGGCUAGCAGCAGCGCGCGCUCGCGCCUCGCCAGUGCCGAGGAGCGGCGGGGUGCGCCGUCGGACAGCAUCGGCACGAUCCUGUCGUCUGCUUCGCGGCGCGCCAGCACCGCCGUUGUGCGGGACCCGAGCAGCAGCUCGGCCAGCAGCGACGAGGCGGGCAUCGCCGUCGUCACCGCCACCAGCCCGCGCUCGCCCGGCGCCGUGUCCUCGAGCGGCUCGGCCUCGGCCGGCUUCAUCUACCCGAUCAAGAGCGCAGUGUCGGUGAAGCCAUCCACAGGCGACGUAGGCAUGGCCUCUCCGCGUGGCCGGACCAACACCUCUGGCUCGUCGGACAAGCGGCACUCGCAGAGCUCCAACGAGGACCAGGAUGUCGGAUCGGCGUCGGCCGCGGCCAUGCGCCGCGUCAGCUCUGACCCGUCGCAGGCUGGCGCCGGCGGCUCGCCGCUCGAGCCCGAAGAGGAGAUUUCGGGCUACUUCGGCAAGAUGCACCCGCGCGGCGCGUCGCUGGCCUCGAUGUCCGACUCGCACGAGUCUGAGCGGCCUCGCAGCUCCGCCAGCGUCGGCGACGGGCCCUGCACUCCAGGCUCCGGCCGUCUCGGGCCCAAGAGCAGCGAGACGGUCAGCUCGGCCUCGGAGUGGGACACGCGCAGCGCGCUGGCGUCCAAGGAGGAGGCGGCACUGGAGCGAGACAGGGAGCGCCUUGAGCAGAUGACGCAGACGCGCUUCCGGCACGUCGAGACGGCUGACGGCCACAUGGUGGUCACUGGCCGCGACAAUGAGCUCACGCGCUGCGAAGACGAGCCAAUUCACAUCCCGGGUGCAGUCCAGGGCUUUGGCUGCAUGGUGGUGGUGCGCGAGGACGACGAUGGCAACCUUGUGGUGCGCCAGGCAUCCGAAAACACGACGGAGCUGCUCGGCCUCUCGCCAGCCUACCUCUUCAAGCUCACCUCGUUCCUCGACUGCCUCGACGACGAACAAGCAGACCUGCUGUGGGAGACGAUCGAGUCGCUGGAGGACUCGGAGCACGACGUCAGCGAGGUCGCGCCACGCAUCUUCCAGCUGACCGGCUGGGGCCAGCCGGGCGCCGGCGCCGGACACGCACGUGCUCGGCGGCAGUGGCAGUCCUGGUGUGCGCUGCAUCGGCCAGUGCUCAAUGCCGGCGCGAUCGUCGACGGCCCGCCGAUGACGAUUCUAGAGUUCGAGCCGCUGGAUGACCAGGUUAACCCGCUCUCUCCGCCAGUCUCGCGGCCCAAGGCCGAGCAGCGUCGCAGCGGCAUGCGUGAGCGCAACAAUGGCAGCAGCACUGCCGGAGAAAGCAAGGGCAGCAAGGGCAGCAAGGGCAGCAAGGACAGCAACGGCGGCGGCAGCGGCGGCACUGUCGGGCGUGCGCGCGGGCCCGACGAGUUCUCGGGCAGCACGCUCGAGGCGCCCGAAGAGGAAGGCACUCCCGCCAAUUCGCCCACAGGCGGCGAGGGCAGGAGCACCAGCAGCGUGGCCACGCCACGGUCAUCGUCGCCUCGGCCGAUGAUCACCACGAUCGACUCGGACGGCCUCACAGUGACAGGCACAGCAGAGCAUGUGCCGCUCGACACGGACGCAGGGCCAGGUGGCCUCGAGGGCGAGGCAUUUGUGCCCAGCCACGAGGCGUUCCUUGAGUCGACAGAGUCCACGUCUCGCCCGAUCAGGGCACUGCACCGCAUGCACAGCGACCAGGACGGCAGCUCACGACGCCGGCCGCGGCCGACGCGCGGCUCGCGUGGCGCAGGCCCCGGCCUGGCGAACCGCGGCGAGGGCACCGGUGGCGGGGGUCCGCAGAUGCUGGACAUGUUCGGCGUGCUCUCGCAGGUCAACGAGCAACUUUCGGCGCAGUCGGACCUCAAUGGCUUCCUCAAGGUCGUCGUGUCGAUCAUCCGCGAGGUCACCGGCUUCGGUCGUGUGAUGGUGUACCAGUUCGACGAGGCGUGGAACGGCCAGGUGGUGUGCGAGCUCGUCGACUGGCAGGAGACGCACGACCUGUACCGCGGCCUGCACUUUCCGGCCACCGACAUUCCGAAGCAGGCGCGCGACCUGUACCUCAUCAACAAGGUGCGCCUCCUCUACGAUCGCGACCAGCCGUCGGCGCGUAUGGUCUGCCGCACGCAGGAGGAUCUCGCACAUCCCGUCGACAUGACGCACUCGUUCCUGCGCGCCAUGAGCCCGAUCCACAUCAAGUACCUCGCCAACAUGGGCGUGCGCGCGAGCAUGUCCAUCUCGAUCGUCGCCUUUGACCAGCUGUGGGGUCUCAUUGCGCUGCACACGUACGGCUCGCACGGCAAGCGUGUCGCGUUCCCGAUGCGGCAGCUCUGCCGCCUCAUCGGCGAGAGCGUGUCGCGCAACAUCGAGCGGCUGAGCUACACGCGGCGCCUGUCGGCGCGCAAGCUCAUCAACACGCUGCCGACGGACCAGAACCCGAGCGGCUACAUCAUCUCGAACGCCGAGGACCUGCUCAAGCUCUUCGACGCCGACUUUGGCGUCAUCGCCAUCGGCAACGAGGCCAAGAUCCUCGGCCCGCUGAGCGCCAGCCAGGAGGUGCUCGGCUGCACCGAGUACCUGCGGAUCAAGAAGUUCCAGCGCGUCAUCGUCUCGCAGGACGUCAGCAAGGACUUUCCCGACAUGGUGCUGCCCAAGGGCCUCGAGGUCAUUGCCGGCAUCCUGCUCGUGCCGCUCUCGAACUCGGGCAUCGACUUCAUUGCCUUCCUGCGCAAGGCGCAGACGCGCUCGGUGAACUGGGCCGGCAAGCCGUUCAAGGAGGGCAAGGAGAACUCGGCGGUGCUCGAGCCGCGCAAGAGCUUCAAGAUUUGGUCUGAGACGGUGACGGGCACGUGCCGCGCGUGGAAGGACGAGGAGCUCGAGACGGCCGGCGUGCUGUGCCUCGUGUACGGCAAGUUCAUCUCCGUCUGGCGGCAGCGCGAGCAGGCGAUGCAGUACAACCAGCUCAACAAGCUGCUUCUCUCCAACGCGAGCCACGAGGUGCGCACGCCGCUCAACCACAUCAUCAACUACCUCGAGAUGGCGCUCGACGGCAAUCUCGACGAGGACACGCGCGACCACCUGUCCAAGUCGCACAUGGCGUCCAAGAGCCUGCUCUUUGUCAUCAACGACCUGCUCGACCUGACGCGCCAGGAGCAGGGCAACAAGCUCUUCCUGCAGGAGCCCUUCGACCUGGCCGCCACCGUGCGCGAGGCCGUCGAGAUGCACCAGUGGGAGGCGAAGCGGCGCAAGAUCGACUUUAGCGUCGACACGCAGCCUGAGACGUGCAUGGUGCUCGGCGACAAGAACCGCAUCCGCUCGAUCCUCAUCAACACGGUCACCAACUCGGUCAAGCACACGAGCGAGGGCCACAUUCACGUCGAGAUGCGCAAGCGCGCCAGCAUGGAGCUCUCCGAGCUGCCCGAGGACUGCGACAUGGAGAUCGAGCUCGUCGUCUCGGACUCGGGCACGGGCAUCCCGCGCGAGAAGCUUGAGAGCAUCUUUCGCGAGUUUGAGCAGGUCGAGUCGGUCAUUGCCGAGCCCAAGCUCUCGCAGGACGGCAAGCCCGAAGAGCGGUCGGCCACCGAGGACCUCGAGCUCGGCGCGACGGCCGACGCCGCGGCAGCGCAGGAGUCGGGCAGCGCGCUGGGUCUUGGCCUGGCCGUGGUGGCGCGCAUCGUGCGCAACCUCGGCGGCCAGCUGCGUGUCGACUCGACCGUGGGCGAGGGAUCGCGGUUCACAUACUUCCUGCCCUUCCGCUCCGCCGAUCAUCUGCAAGGCGUGUCCGAGCCACAGCGUGGCGGCGGCUCCAGCCAGGGCGGCUCCGGCACGUCGAUGCGGCGCUCCAACUCGCUCGGCAGCGACGGCAGCCAGGCGUCCAGCAACAAGAGCGAGAUCAACUCGCUCGUCGAAGCCAUCUCUGCCAGCCAUCUCGACUCGCACAACAGCGACGGCGCCCAAGCGGGACCGGACUCGGCGCGGGGCAAGGAGCCCGGCGGGCGCAAGAACGCCGGCAUGGUGGGCUCGCUCUCGUCGUCGGCCGGCCGCUCUCGACCGGACCUGCAGCGCAUGCAGUCCAGCGCCGACAGCAGUGGCAGCCGGCCGAUUGCGGGCUCGUCCAUUCCGCUGCGCUCGGUGAAGAUUGACCCGCACGAGCUGGACUCGCUGCCGCAGUCGCCCCGCCAGGCGGACAGCAGGCGACAGCACGGCGAGCGGCGGUCAUCAAGAGAGCACGAUCGCCGGCGCAGCGGCGUCACGCGCAACACUGCGGAGGCCACUGGCGGCACCGCGGGCCCGUCAGCAUCGCCCACGGUGCACGCGCAGGACCACGAGCCCACUGCGCACACGCAGAACGUGGAAGGUCCCACUGUCACUGCGGCGCCCGACUCUCCGUCGUCCGGCCUGGCGCAGACCUCGAGGCGUGAGCCGCCGCCUGGCCGCGUCAACGUCAAGGCUGUCAACCGAGACGCGGCGGCCAGUGGCCAUAUGAACAACGACUCCGGCUCGGAUGCGACGCCGCCUGACGGCCGCUCGCCAGGCAGUGCCAGCGGCGGAGCGCGGCAUUCCGGCGCACGCAGUCGGCGCCUCGCAGCUGCACAAAAGGCGCGCACCUCUCCUGCCGUCACGCCCGCGGCGCCGCCGCAGAAGCUCGCCCCGCUGCGCGUGCUCGUGGUUGAGGACGACCCGAUCAACCGUGCCAUCCUGGCCAAGCGACUCGGCAAGGACAACCACACCGUGCUGCUAGCUGUGAACGGCGAGGAGGGCGUGCGGGUCUUUGAGGAGCAGGGCGACUCUAUCGACGUCGUCCUCAUGGACCUGCAGAUGCCGAUCUGCAACGGGCAGGACGCAUGCGUGCGCAUUCGCGAGGCGGAGCGCAAGCGCACCGACUCGCGCACUCUCGCCGGGCGCCCUGCCGCGCACAUCCUCAACGGCUGCAUCCCGAUCCUGGCCGUCUCGGCGACGCUGAGCUACGACAUGCGCGAGGAGAUUGCCGAGCUCGGCUUCGACGGCUGGCUGCUGAAGCCGAUCGACUUUAAGCGCCUGCACUCGCUGCUCAAGUCGCUCACACACCCGGAGCACCGCCAGACGGAGCAGUGGAAGCCUGGGCACGCCUGGGAGAAGGGCGGCUGGCUCUCGGUGCCUCCGUCGCGCGCCCAAGACGACGACGGCGGCGACGAGGCCGGCAGCCCGGCUGCAUGAGCCUCCGCCUUGCUGCGAACGCGCGCGGCAGGCCCUUCUGCUCCCUCGUCUCGACGAGCUCUCUCCCUCUCCGGCCGUCAUUCUUAGGCCGCAUUCCUGCUUCUACUCAAGCACCCAAACACACCUUCAGGCGACACUCAGGCGCCGCUUCCGAUUUCGCCAAGCGCUUGCCGCAUCAUCCCCCCGUGCCUCG